UAAAAAAAUUGAAAAAUAAAAGGGAAAAUGGCGGGAAACCCAAUUUCCAGUUUCCAACUUUCUAGAUAAUAGAUGGCGGAAAGAGCUCAGCUAACCCCUAAGUUUCUAAAACACUUAAAUUUCAGAAGACAAAGCGGCGAUGAUGCAUCCCAACGAAUUCGAUGGAAAUGCUGCCUUCUCCGGCGGAGGAUUCAUGCCGUCUCAGGCCACUCAGGCCGCCGAUCACUUCUCGUUCUCUUUCUCAAAAAAUAGUGAUGCACGCUGCUUGAUUCCAGUGACAGUGAAGCAGUUGAAGGACCUAUCUAGAAAUGGAGAAUCGGGUAUUUCCAUUGAUGGUGUUGAUGUGAACACUGUUGUGCUUGUGGGGAUUGUAUGCAAGAUAGACAAUGCUGUCACAGAUUACACUUUUAGAGUUGAUGAUGGGACAGGAUGGAUUGAUUGCACAAAAUGGGUACAUGAACAUGUAGAAUCAGCUGAAGUGGAGGCAAUCUCGGUUGGAAAGUAUGUUCGUGUACAUGGCCAGUUAAAAAGCAUCCAGAGUAGAAAGACCUUAAACACCUUCUCUAUCAGGCCACUGACUGAUUUUAAUCAGAUUACAAGUCACUUCCUUGAGUGUAUAUAUGUUCAUCUUUACAACACCAAGCUACGGGGGACAACUACACAACCUCAAAUGACAAACUCUACGAUAAGCAAUGCUCCCAUAAAUCAAUUUUCUGGGCAGUAUAGUUCUGAGGAUGAGCAAAUCAUUCGUAUUAGUCCAAUGGUCUCAAGUUAUUUGCAGCAUCCAGCACGCUGUGCAUCUGAUACUGGAGCACGCAGUGAUAUUAUUGCUCGAGAUCUGAAUAUUCCACUGGAUAAGAUCAGGAAAGUUUUAGAAUAUCUUCAAAGUGAGGGCCUUAUUUACACAACGAUUGAUGACCACUUCAAGCUUACUACUGCCUGACAUCUCUUACGUGCAAGGUAAUGCUGUUUAGGAGAACCAAAGCUCUAGAUAGGUCAUGGUUUAACUUCUCUUGGUUGUCUAUAUUAGGAGGCUACAAUAUAUGCUAUCAAUUUGUUUCACAAAUCCUUUUCUGAACUUCAAACUUCAGAGUUGAAACUUUUAACAUUGAAAUUCAAGUUCUUAA